AUGAUCUCCAGCUUUGACGAAGGGGGUGUCACACUACCUGCAGGGCGCUACCGUCUCUGCUACCUAAUCCUGCUCUCUCGUCAGGGCAAGGUCCGCCUUGCGAAAUGGUUCACCACUCUCUCCCCUAAGGAGAAGGCCAAGAUUGUCAAGGAUGUGACGCAGCUCGUCCUGGCACGCCGCACUCGGAUGUGCAACUUCCUGGAAUACAAAGACACCAAGAUAGUGUAUCGACGAUAUGCGUCGCUCUUCUUCAUCGCAGGCUGUGCCUCUGACGAUAAUGAGCUCAUCACCCUCGAGAUCAUCCAUCGUUACGUCGAGCAGAUGGACAAAUACUACGGCAAUGUCUGCGAGCUAGACAUCAUCUUCUCCUUUACGAAGGCAUAUUACAUCCUUGACGAGCUACUCCUGGCCGGCGAAUUGCAAGAGAGCAGCAAGAAGAACGUGUUGCGGUGCAUCUCACAGCAAGAUUCGCUCGAGGAUAUGGAGGUUGAGGACGAAGUCACAAAGAUCAUGUAG